GUGGCUGCAGCUUGUUGUUGGGGAGGCCAAAAUGGCGGCUCAGGCGGCGGCGGCGGCGGCUCAGGCGGCGGCGGCCCAGGCAGCGCAGGCCGAGGCGGCUGAGUCGUGGUACCUGGCGCUCCUGGGCUUUGCCGAACACUUCCGCACUUCCAGCCCGCCCAAGAUCCGCCUGUGUGUGCACUGCUUGCAGGCCGUGUUCCCCUUCAAGCCGCCGCAGCGCAUUGAGGCCCGAACACACCUGCAGCUCGGUUCCGUGCUCUACCACCACACCAAGAACAGCGAGCAGGCGCGCAGCCACCUGGAGAAGGCGUGGUUGAUAUCACAGCAAAUCCCGCAGUUUGAAGAUGUUAAAUUUGAAGCAGCAAGUCUUUUGUCUGAAUUAUACUGUCAAGAGAAUUCCGUUGAUGCAGCAAAGCCACUGCUGCGGAAAGCAAUCCAGAUCUCACAGCAGACCCCGUACUGGCACUGCCGCCUGCUCUUCCAGCUUGCUCAACUGCACACACUUGAGAAGGACCUGGUGUCAGCCUGUGACCUCCUGGGUGUGGGAGCCGAGUACGCCCGGGUGGUGGGAUCUGAGUACACACGGGCACUGUUCCUGCUCAGCAAAGGGAUGCUAUUGUUGAUGGAGCGCAAGUUGCAGGAAGUCCACCCACUACUGACCCUCUGUGGACAGAUAGUUGAGAACUGGCAAGGGAACCCCAUCCAGAAAGAGUCUCUGCGUGUCUUCUUCCUGGUGCUCCAGGUGACCCACUACUUGGAUGCUGGGCAGGUAAAGAGCGUGAAGCCAUGCCUGAAGCAGCUGCAGCAGUGCAUCCAGACCAUCUCCACACUGCACGAUGAUGAGAUCCUGCCCAGCAACCCCGCUGACCUCUUCCACUGGCUGCCCAAGGAGCACAUGUGCGUGCUUGUCUACCUGGUGACUGUGAUGCACUCCAUGCAAGCCGGCUACCUAGAGAAGGCACAGAAGUACACAGACAAGGCCCUCAUGCAGCUGGAGAAGCUCAAGAUGCUCGACUGCAGCCCCAUUCUGUCCUCCUUCCAAGUAAUCCUGCUCGAGCACAUCAUCAUGUGCAGGCUCGUCACAGGACACAAGGCCACAGCGCUGCAGGAGAUCUCCCAGGUCUGUCAGCUGUGCCAGCAAUCCCCCCGGCUCUUCUCCAACCACGCAGCACAGCUGCAUACACUGCUGGGCCUGUAUUGUGUCUCUGUCAACUGCAUGGACAACGCUGAAGCCCAGUUCACCACAGCUUUGCGGCUCACCAAUCACCAGGAGCUGUGGGCCUUCAUCGUGACCAAUCUGGCGAGUGUGUAUAUACGGGAAGGAAAUAGACACCAAGAGGUACUGUACAGUUUGUUGGAGAGGAUCAAUCCGGACCACAGCUUCCCUGUCAGCUCGCACUGCCUCCGAGCAGCAGCUUUCUACGUGCGUGGGCUCUUCUCCUUCUUCCAGGGACGCUACAACGAGGCCAAGCGAUUUCUGCGGGAGACCCUGAAGAUGUCCAAUGCAGAGGACCUGAACCGGCUUACAGCCUGCUCCCUUGUGCUCCUGGGCCACAUCUUCUAUGUGUUGGGAAACCAUAGGGAGAGUAACAACAUGGUGGUGCCAGCCAUGCAGCUAGCCAGCAAGAUCCCAGACAUGUCAGUGCAGCUGUGGUCAUCGGCCCUGCUAAGAGACCUGAACAAAGCCUGCGGGAAUGCCAUGGAUGCCCAUGAAGCCGCCCAGAUGCACCAGAACUUCUCGCAGCAGCUGCUCCAGGACCACAUCGAGGCAUGCAGCCUCCCUGAGCACAACCUCAUUACGUGGACAGACGGCCCGCCUCCUGUGCAGUUCCAAGCUCAGAAUGGACCCAACACCAGCCUGGCCAGCCUCCUGUGAGACCCCUGGACAGGGCCACUCAGCUUCUUUGGGCCUCUGUGGGGCCUGGUUUGUCCCCGACUUCCACCCAGAUGGCACUUGAGCUUUCCUUAGAGACGUGCUGGCGUGGCUGUCCCCAGGCUUCUUUCCCAACUGUCUCCAGAGCUUCCAAGUCCCUGGGGAGUGUGGAGGGCCAAUUCCCAUCUUCCCAGGAAGGGCCGGCUGGCCGUUCUUGCCGAGUACCAGGAGUCCAGGUGCUGAGGCUCACAGGUGGGAUUUUGGAGCCAACUUUCCAGAGCCAUCCUUCAAAGUGGACUUGAGCUGCCAGUCCUGCUUCCACGACUGAGUCACAUCUUCAAGAGAGUGUGUCUGGGCGGGGAGUGGAGUGCCAGCCACCGGCCAGCUCCUGAUCCUGCAUGCAGGGGUGGUCCUUACCACCGAGGUGCCACAUGACUUCCAUCUCCUGGGCCUCUGUGCUGCGCUGGAGUGUUUCCUCUGCUCAUGGCAGCUUCCAGUGCCCAGAGGCAAGACACCAGUUUCUGGCCCAAAAUUAGAGGGAAGAAGUCAUUGCUCAUGUCAGGGACAAAAAAUGUACAUCCUGCCACAAUGCUUUUCUCAGCUUGCCUUUCUGUCCAGCAUCCAUCCUUUUGGCAGCUGGGGCCUCUAGCUAGGGGCCCUGGGGGACCCAGGAACUUGGCUUCCAAACAUCUGCGCCUUGACUGGAUUCACUGUCCAGCCGUGGGGGUGCACGUGUGUGCGUGCGCGUGUGUGCGUGUGUGUGUGUGUGUGUGUGUGUGUGUGUGGCUUCACAGAGCUGGCGCCCAGAGCAGAAACUCCUGUGUUUGCACCAGCCACCCUCCCCCUGUCAGCGUCCAUAGUGCGGGGCAAGAAGCAGGGGAGAGGGACCUUCCUCAGCCCAACUCAGGGUGCCGGAUCAUAGGGGCUUGCUUUCUGGCAGCUCUGCAGCCUCCUUUGCGGAGAAUGUUUGCAGACACCUGAAGCUCCACCAGCCUGCAGGCAGCCACUCCCUUGGCCCCCUGCCCUGUUUUCAGAGGGAGGGAGGAGGAAACCUACCUGCCUUGGCUCUCAGAACAGCAUUGAAAACUUUUCCGGAGCUGGACCCCAGGAGGCUCUGCCAGGCCCAGCCAGCCGUUCUCGGCUCUGUGCUCCUCUUGGAUAGUUGAGGAGGUGCCCCAGGUGACGGUGACGUUGGGGGUAGUCAAAGCCGCUGCCGUCUUUAGCUCCCAGCACCUGGGGUCAUUUCCCUGAUGAGGGGUGGUGAGUGGUUUUGCUAGUCACACCUGCUUGCUGGUUCACGUCUAGUCACCCAGCACCGUGAAGGCUGUUUCUAGAAGCCUCGGUGUCCGUGAAGGAAGGAAUGUUGGGAUCGCUCAGGUCAGCUGCCUGGGCCCUGAGGCCUGGGUGUGCCUUAGCCAUAAGCAGGCCUGUCAGCAGACCUCCCUGCUGUGGGCCACUGCCCUCUUGGGGGCCCGCAACAGGCAUGCAGGUGAGCUGCUGGUUGAAGGGACAGGCUGGUUGAAGGGACGGGCUGGCAGAGUUUUGUCCUAAGAGGACCCGUCCUCUCUGUGUCAUCCUGGGUCACUCGAAAGAGUCUGGUCCUCUCCCAUGCUCCCUGGGGCUGCCCCCUUGAUGACACCACUGGGCCUGUGAGGUCUGCAAAUGUGGGUCUGACAUCUGGUCAUGAGCUGUCCACAUCCUGUCUUCCUCCCCCCUCAAGGGUGCUCCCCAGGUCCUCCCCUCCACCCGAGGGACAGAGCACCUGUCUUGCUACAAGCUGCGCCUGCAGGCCAGGACUCCACACUGUCGAACCUCUCCAGACCCACAUUUCUUCAAUCACACUUUACAUCAUGCUUGUCUCUGUGUAUUUAUUUAAACCUUUCUUUGCUUCUAGGACAUUUUGUAUGUAGAGUAGUUGAAAUAAGAACCUCAAGACUUAACAUCUGUCCUGAUGUUAAAGUGCUUUUAGUGACCACUUUGUUAUCUAUGUAUAUGUAAAGUUAAGUUCUUAAGUUUACAGUUAAGAAUUCAGUACUCGAUGUUUAAUAUUCCACUCUAGCUUUAUGGAAGCCAACCCGCCUGUACUGCUUGAGUGCGUGUGUGUGAGCUUUGAAUGUCCCCUUCACUGCAGCACCUUUCAAUUACAUAAAGCUGUCAUAAAUACCUU